AUGAUCUCACCUUCUAAGGUUUGCUAUAUAACUCCUCUGAACGUUGUGUCAAAGCGUGAUAAAUACUUAUACGGACCUCCUUCAAUCCAGGCCGCUUCCUUUGACGAGCUUCUUCAACCAUGCGACUUCGAUUGUCCCGAAGAAGCUGAAGAAGCUGAAAAUAGCAGUAGUUCACCUAUGGCCGCCCCGGAAAACUCUCUUGAUUCCUCAUUGCCCAAGGCCAAGUGGAACAAACCAUUCCCAGAUAUAAACUACAUCCUCACUCCCCAUUUUGAGCCAUCCCUUCCAACUAUCUACGAAGAAAAUUGGAAUGAGCGAUGGGGUUGGCUUUACGGAACUGGAAAUACAACAGCUUCAAGCCCAUCCAAUGAGAUCUGGGCCGAGUCUGAUGAUACUCUUCCAGCAAAUUUUCGAGUCAUGACAGACCUUGCCCGAAUGACGAGUUCCACCGGCAAGAAACGACACCCAACGCGGAAUCCGAAGCCUAUUCAGUCGCACAACAAGCUGUCGACAAAAUCUUUUCUGAUCGUCAGCAUGCGAGUAUACACCCACAGUGCAACCUGCCCAUCUGAUUCGCUCGCCAUAAUAUUGGCGAAGCCUAAGCCUCCCAAAAGGGAUUCGGAUUUCAGAAUCCAGCUUCUUUUGGGACGCGCAGCCCAAUUUAUUGACCCAAUUCUUGUAACACUUAACGGAGCUGAGGAUGGCUUACUUGACCUUCGGGGAUCGCAGCUCGUCCGCGAGUCAACCGGACGUGUCUUCAAGUUUUACUCGCCACACGGAAAGUGGUUAGAAGACCCAAAUGAUACGAGUGAAGAUACAACCACUGACGUUGGUAACUUGCGGGUUUAUGAUACUGCCGAGCUGGCCAUUGGGAAUGGCUUUGUGGAGUCGAGUGCUAUCCCAUCAGUGUCCAAAUAG